ACAUGAAAUCAGAAAAACUAAAAAGAAACUUUUGGGUCUCUGCUGAAAUUGAAUGUAUGCUUAAAUUUAUAGGGGAGCUUAAUAAUGUCCAAAGAUCUAUUUCUGCAAAUACGACGCAAAACACAUUUAACCAAAUUGCCAACAAAAUGAAAAAAAGUGGAUAUCCAAAUAAAUCACCUACGCAAAUACGAAGAAAAUGGUUUCAAAUGAAGUCUGCGUAUUUAUGUUACAAAAAAGGCAAUAUUGACCGACUGUUUCUUAUACCUGAAAGAUUUCGAAAUGUAAUUGCACAGUUUGUAGAAAACGGCGAUAAGUUAGGCCGUUCAUGUAGUAUGUCGACUAUCUCGUUGACAAAUCAAUACCAUCGUUACGAUGUCAAUUCUUUAGUCAUGGAUAAAUUUUUGAACCAAGUUAAAAAGAACAAUAAACUAGUCAAUUCGGAAUAUACAAAACUGGAGCGAUCUCUGUUGCAAUAUGACCACAAAUGGCAAAUCGUUCGAGAUGCUAAUAUUAUUAAAAAUAUAAACUAAUUUUAUUGUUAAUCUUGCCGAUCGACUCUUCAAAUAUAAAAAUAAGGUGCAAUAA